AUGGAGCGGGACCGGGACACAGAUCUGGGUCAGGACCGGGACCGGGACCAGAACCGGGACCAGGAUCGGAACCGGGACCGGGACCAGGACCGGGACCAGGACCAGGAGCAGGACCGGGACCGGAACACAGAUCUGGAUCAGGACCAGGAGCGGGACCGGGAGUGGAACCGGGACCAGGACCAGGAGCAGGACCAGGACCGGGGCCAGGAUCGGGACCGGGAGCGGAACCGGGACCAGGACCGGGACCAGGACCGGAACCGGGACCAGGACCAGGAGCAGGACCAGGAGCGGGGCCAGGAUCGGGACCGGGAGCGGAACCGGGAGCUGUGCCCGAGCCCGGAGCGGCCCCGGUUCCGGCCCGGCCCCACCCGCUGGGGGAUCUGCUCGGCCGGGGCCAUCUGCCACGACUUCGCGCUGGCCCUGCAGACCCUGCCCCGCUCCGAGCACACGGUGGCCGCGGUGGCCGCGCGGGAUUUGGGGCGCGCCGAGGCCUUCGCGCGGCGUUUCGGGGUGCCCCGGGCGUACGGGUCCUACGAGGAGCUGGCCCGGGACCCCGACAUUGACGUGGUGUACGUGGGCACGGUGAACCCCGCUCACCUGCCCCUGGGGCUGCUCUUCCUGCGCCGCGGCCGCCCGGUGCUGAUGGAGAAGCCGAUGGCGCUCGGCGCCCGCGAGGUCGCGCGGCUCGUGGGGACGGCGAGGGACAAGGGGGUCUUCCUCAUGGAGAGACCCCCAGAGACCGGUGCCCCCGCAGACGUGGUGUACGUGGGCACGGUGAACCCCGCUCACCUGCCCCGGGGGCUGCUCUUCUACGUGGUGUACGUGGGCACGGUGAACCCCGCUCACCUGCCCCGGGGGCUGCUCUUCUACGUGGUGUACGUGGGCACGGUGAACCGCUGUGUUUACGUGGUGUACGUGGGCACGGUGAACCGCUGU